AUGUCUGACGAGAGCUUGGAGAGACCUAUGUCCAGCAGUGGACUGCAAGAGGCUGAACUAACUAAUGCUUUAAUUAGUAUUAAAACUGCCAAGUCUCAGACAGUUUCAGUCAACAUGUACAAGUACAUAGGUUGCAUUGUCAACGGACAAAAUGAUCAUAACGUAGAAAUUAAGUGCCGGAUAGAGCAGGCAGUAAAGAAUGGAAAAAGAAAUAAAGGGCGACAAAUGAAACGUUGGGAAGAUGACCUGAAGAAGGUGGCUGGUCCAGUGUGGAUGAGAAUAGCGAGAGACAGAUCAAUGUGGAAAAAAUUAGAGGAGGCCUAUGUCGAAGGACAAGCUGUUUGA